AUGGCGAAUCCUUAGGCCGAAUUUUCGCAUGCGAAAUCGAGAUAUGUUUUAGCCCUUUAGAAUCGUGUUUUUUUCGCCGUCGCCAAAAGCUAUUUUGGUUCUCUGGGUUUGAAAUCCAAAAGCAGAAUUUUACACAGGUUGGUGUCGUAAGAUGACAAUCGCUUGAACUCUUACGGCGGAAUUCUUAUGGCUUCUGUUUCAUUGAAGCUGGUCCUUCUCUUGGUCUCAGUCUUCCUCCUGCUGAAACAUUCCACUGCUCAAGAGUUUUAUGAAGAUGUGGGAAAUUUGGAGCAGUACAGUCCAUUACUGGGGGAAAAUAUCUUUGAUUAUCCCAUGCUAGAGGAAUAUGGGAUCCCUACUGUAGAAGAAUUCCCUUCUGACAAUCUGGAUGCUGACGAUGAUGGUGAUGUUAAAGAAGACAACUACUCUCACGAAACACAAGGAGAGAAAGAAAGUGAAAAACAUCAAGACAACGAGCAUGCGCCGAAAAAAGUCCCUAGUGUUUACUCCAAAGCCGACGCACGCGAAAAGCGGCAGCUCCCUCUUCAAGAUGAUCCCGUGGUAGUUGCUCGAGAAAAGUUACAGCGAGCUAUAAAAGCAGCUAAAGCACUUAGCAACAUAGAAAACGAGCUUGGAUUAAGUCCUAUGACGAUCGAAGAUAAAACCAAGAAUUUAGAGAAUCAACUCAAGGAUGAAGAGAAAAGCUUCAAGAAACUCGCCGAUCAGACUGAGGACAAACAAAGGAAGCAAAAAUUCGUGAAGCUCGAAAAAGUCGCCGACGAAGACGUUAAUCAGGCAGAAAGUAUUUUGAAAUUGAUAGUUAAGUUAGAAGCAGCAAAGUACUUGGCGAAAGAAAGAGCCCACGAAGAUCUCGUCAGAGCUCAAAAAGACAAAAUUGCGUCUACCCCCCAAAUGUAUCUUGGACCACCGCUUUCGUACCCACCAGAAGCUGCUGGUUAUUUUGGAGGAGUUACACAGCCAGCUUAUCAAACUGUUAUGCCGUCAUAUACUGCCAGUUAUCAACCACAGACGUUUCAAGCAGUAGCUCCUCCAAGUAUGGCUCCGGCUACAACAAGCGAGCUACUGCCUCCUAGUUUACCUGCUCCUAGUAAUGUGGCGCCUUUGUCUACGCCUCACUAUCAAGAUAACACGGAAUUACAACGAAUAAACUCAAUCAAAGAGACAAGUGUAUCAGCAUUCUCACCCCAAAGUAAUAACCAACUUAGCGGACAGUCGGUGCAGCCAAAGGGUGGUCAGGUAGUGAGCUUCUCGACCGACGCAAGUGACACUAAAAUCAACCCAGCAGAUAUUGAUUUCAUUGACAUGGAAAGCCCAUCAUCGAUGAAGAAGCCUGAAACACAGACGAGUGGAAGUUCUCCCAAGACACCAUCUAGCGGUCAUGGUAAUGAUGUGAUAGAACCGCAGAAAGAUGUUUCAGCGCCUAAGCCCCCGCCCAGGCAACAGCCUGCCAAACUGGUUGCAUCUCAUCAGCCAGUUGCACCACCUCAACCACCCAAGCCAACUCAACUAGCCAUUGCAUCCGUUCAAGCCGUUCCAGCACAACCUGUUAAGCCUUUCCUACCAGCUGCACCUGCCCAGCCCAUCACAAUGCCAUUUCAGACAAUGGAAACAGGUAUUGGACAACAAAACGGUUUCUUGACACAGUCAGCACCUCUGGCAGUGUCCUACAGCCCUAAUGCCCUGUCUCCAAACUUAGCUUCAAUGUCAAGAUACUUUAAUUCCCCAUCCAGUGUUCUCAGCUCGUUUGCAACGCAGCCAUAUCAUCAGCCACUUCCAAGCGUUCAAGCGCCACAACAAAAUUUUGUUCCGCACGCCCAGCCGAAGAAACCACAACCUAAGGCUCCUGAACUUGUGAAGCCGGAAGUAACACCAAAUACUGCUUUCAAUGACCAACCUCAGGUCAUGACACCACCAAGUCCAGUAAGUUUUCAACCAGCGGCUCAUUCAACGGCUCAUUCCGGCGAGCAGGUACUCUCGGAGGCUAAUCCCUCCGGUUCGCUUUAUUCUUGGAGCACCCAACCUGUCCUGUCCAGUAACCCGCAAUACUCUUGGAAUUCCCCGAUGUAUUAUCCUCCAGCUUCACCUUAUCAAGCUCCAGUCAAUCCUUUGAUCGCAGAAGCUUACAGAAAGCUUCAUGACACUGAAAGAGCCAGUCUAGCUAUGUCCAAGAUUGAGGAGGCAAUAGGGCUGUCACCAAGUUCCGUGCGGCACAUCGUCGAUGACAUUGAAACACAGGCUAAAAUGGAGACUACACAAUACGAAGACGACAUGAAGAACGAGAAAGCUGAGAUUACACAGGAGAAACAACUGCUUCAAAAGGAUAAAACGACAGAUGGUGCUCAAGUGAAGAAGAAAAUCCAAGAUGAUGAAGAGAAGAUUCGAGAGGACAUCAGAAAAGAAAACAUCGCAAAACUUGAAGUGGAUAAAAUAAAGAAAAUGGAGAAAAUUUUGACCAUCAUCGAGGCUGCAAAGUAUUCUGCCAUGCAGCGUGCCAAGAAACGUAUUAACAAUCUCAAAACGGAUGACGGACUCAGUGAUGGGGAAGACAUCAGAAAGCGUGACCUACAAGAUCUUGAAAAUGACAUCAAGCGACGAAGGAGGAAUGAGAUAAAUAUUUGGCUCAAAGGUUCAAGAAAUCGAAUCGACACGAGUCAUUUCCUGAGAAAUCGAAUUAGUGGCUUAAAGACAAAUCGGGAAGAGAGGUCCGGGUGGAAUUCAGACGAUAACAAAGAUCAUCAUCUUUCUAAAAUUUCGGAAAAAGACAAGCUAACAAAGGAAGGCUCUACGGAAGGUAGGUUGCAGAAGCUAAAGUUUUUCAAUACGCUGUCAUCAAACAAGAAACUAGAUGCCGGACAACAGUUCACCGUGGGAAAAAGGACUGAUGUGCCCGUGCAACCAGAGAAUUCACCUAACGCAUUUGUUAUGGCCAAAAUGCUGAACAAGAUGGACAAAUUAUUUACUAUUCAGCGAGAAAUUUUGAAGUAUCUCAAAGCAGAGCAUACUAUAAACACAUUGAGAAAGAAGCCACACGCGAAAAGAUGGAGGCGAAGUUUAUACAAGUCAAAGAACCAUAAGAAGACUCCAAAAGACGCAAAUAAAAAGAGAAGUGUGAAUAAAGAAAAAGAUUCAUAACGAAAUAGCAUGUAUUCUUUGCUGAUUCGGAAGUAACCGCUCAGCAACCUUUGCUUGGCUACUAAUCAGCGAUUAAGCAGUACUGUCCCAAAUAGUACCUGUUUCCAUGGAAACAUCAGUGACACCUUUAAAAAUAUAUGUGUUGGUUUUGUUAGUCACGUAUAAUAGUAACAUUUACAGAGACUUGACAAAGGUUAACAUAGGUACUUUUUAGGGACAAACCACUUAAACAUACUUUGUAAGAAUAAUAGUCUGCUCGGUCUUUUCGUGUCUACAUAAAUGCAGAAAUGAAGGAGAAGAAAGUUUAGGUUUUAAAAUGUUAUCAGUAGGGCUGAAAGUUAAUUGCGGUACAUUUUUUUCUAGCGUGGUCAGUUUGGAAUUUCACUAACAGAUUCUGUGAGAACUGUAAAUAUCUUCUUUUAUUUCUUGCGUUUUUCCUCCCAGAGUUAAAAGCCAGAUGUCAUAACUUUGGGAAUCAUUAACUUCUCAAUAGUGUGGUUCUAAAAAAUUAAGGCUACAUACAUUCAGACGUUUUGAUUGCUACAUAAACUGAUAACAAGGUGGUCAAGAUUUAAAAAGCCAGAAUUAAAAAGGGCUGUGUGAAUACAAGGAAAAUUGGGGAAAUUUAGGUAUUAAAAAUGUAAAUAAGGAUUAUUUUGAUACGUACAUUUAAUAAAUA